AUGGACGCCGCCGCCGCCGCCACGGCCGCCGGCGACGACGAGCAGGACCAGGCGCGCUUGGACGCCAUCGCCGACGGCCUACAGACCCGAGACGCGAUGCGGCUGUACAACUGGCUCUCGCACCGCUGCUUCUCCGACUGCGUCGUCUCCUUCUACCGCCGGGCGCUCGGCAAGCGCGAGGAGGAGUGCGUCCGCUCCUGCGUCCGCAAGUACCUCCUCCUCUCCACCGCCACCGCCGCGCGCUUCCCCCACCUCGCCGACUCCUCCUCGUCGUCGGCAGCAUUCGACGAUUGA